AUGUCCAACUACUUUAUUCCUGACCUCGUUAGGUAUGAUUGCCCUGUUCUUUUUGUUGGAAUCAAUCCCAGCGACAAGGCGCCCUUCCGAACAAAGAAUCACUUUUUUGGGGGCCGCGGCAAUUGCUUUUGGACAUGCUUCUCAAAUUCAGACCGGUACCUCAACCGUCAAAAAGGCUUGCUUCGAGAACAGUAUGAUGCCACCGCUGACAAGACAGUCUUUGACCGUUACAACGUGGGGUUCGUCAACCUUGUUCCCAGACCGACGACCACGUCCAAGCAACUUGAAGCGGACGAAAUCGCCGAAGGUGUUCGCCACACCACCAAUAAAAUCAAACGAUUCCGGCCAAAAGUCGUAUGCUGUGUUGGGAAAAUCGUUUUCCAACACCUAUUCAACCAAAACCCGGCCAUUGGCCCGCAAGACGUUGUCCUGCCCUGGGACAACGGAGCUGGAGCAUCCAAAGUUUUUGUGAUGCCCAGCACAAGCAAACUGGGGGCCACCUAUUCUUUAGAAUUCAAGCAACAGUGA